AUGAAGGCCUUCGUUGCAACCCUCCUGCUCGCCGUUAUCUCCGCCGCCUCCGCCGCCCCGUCCCUCUGGGGACCCGGCGCCGCUCUGGCCGGACCCCACACCGGACCCAACUCCCUCGUUGGCCCAUCCAACGGCCCCUCGGCCCUGGCUGGACCAGUUGUGGGACCCGCCCGUAUCUCUGGUGCUGUUGACCUGGGCGCGGUCGUCACUGGCGCCGUUGCCGGACCAUCGGCUGUCCACGGAUCGGUUAGCGCUGGAACCGCCGUUCUCGGAGGACCCCACGCUGGAUACCUCGGCGUUCCCGCCUUCGGUCAGGCAAUAGUAACGCAAAUGGUCGCAUUUGUAGGUCACGGUGCCGUCCUCGCUGGACCCAUCGUUGGACCCGCCCACCUCGCCGGACCCAUUGCCCCCGGUGCCCUGAUUGCCGGCCCAUCCGGAUACAUAAACGCCGGACACGGUCUCCUCGCCCCAGGUUACCCCUGGUAAACGGCCCACCCACUCGUAUCGAGCAGCGAGACCAGCAGCAGAGUAGGGGAGUACAGCAAAGCUCCCUGAGCACCAUCCUGCAGUACAUAAUACUCUCCGGGCGGU